AUGCCAAAGUUGCUAGGAGAAUUUCUUCAGGAGCAACAAGAGCCAUUUGCCUUGGACAUUUACCUUUUCGAGAGAGGCUUUCGAAAUCGUCGUGCUCGAUCCUUCAAGAAGCGGGAUGCCGUCGCAAACUGCGUAGAAUUCGCUAAGGCCGCGUUUCGCAGGCUCAUCCUCCAAACCCGGUUUCGCAAAGCGAAAACGAAAAGUUGUUAUUUCCCCGGAAAUCGGAACGGACAAGAACACAAGCCGGGCACGAAGCAAAACAGUAUUUUUCUCGAAGAAAAAAAGGUGUAUGCGAAUGGAAAUACGAAACACGGAUCGGAAACAGAGUCGAACGACGAAGGCUCGUCAACUUCUUCAUUACACGAAACAAAUUACGACUUUACUACAAAAACGAGAUGCGAAGAUGAAUCUUCGACUUCAAAAACCAAACCGAAACGGCCAAUGUACUCAGACUGCGCCCGAAAAUCAUCACGACAAGUCGUACGCCCAAACUCUUACUAUCAGUACACAAUAAACAAAAGGGCUCUGCACGAAACAAAGCGGCUUCUGAUCGAUUGCCUGAGAGAGGUGAUCGAAAAUCAUCGGAAAAUUUUCGAGAAAAGGAGAAGGCAUCAAAAUGAGCAGCAGCUUAAAAGAAUAGUGGGAACAGAGGAGCUUUGGCAGCUUGUGUGUGAAAAUGUGUGGGUGUGGAGCAAAAACUCAAUACAUGAGACCAAUAUACUUGUUCUGCUCAACUAUGAUUUUUUGGACUCUGAAGAAGAAUGGACUUCACUCUUUGAGCUGCAAAAGGAGGAGAUAGCCAUGGAGAUUAGUGAAGCUAUUUUGGAAGGAAUUAUAAUUGCCUUCACCCAGCCAACCGCUGCCGCAAUACCUGCCUCCGUCAUCGUCCUCUGGCGCGACCACCAUCCGCUGAGCACCACGAUGGGCCCAGCAUUCACGACUGCCUCUGUCAGCCAGACAGCCGCAGUCUGGCUCGGCCAUUAUGCAGUAGAGCACCACAACGAGUCCAACAAUCACGACAACAGCUCUUCGUCGGUGACGGGGAUUUGUUUCCAGUCUGUGACGUCACGACAACGGCGACCCCACCCUGGCCAGACAAGACAGUCGUGCGAUGGGGUGGUCGGCGGCGGGCAAGGCCCGACAUUCACGGCCACAACUCCUUGCUGGUGA